AUGGGUCCAUUUAUCACGCGGCGGGAGAGCAUUUGCUGCCAGGAGAUCCGUGGAUUCUCCUUCAGGCUGCAGGAAGCAGACGUGAGCUGCAUCACCCUGCAUGACCGAUUCGAGCCCAACAGGGAGUUCAUCAUUGGUCGCGUCAUUAAGGCCAUGAACAAUAGUUGGCACCCUGAUUGCUUCUGCUGCGACAUUUGUCAGGCAGUGCUCGCAGAUGUGGGAUUUGUCAAAAACGCUGGCAGAAAAGAGUUGACUGCUGAUGCAAGAGAGCUGAAAGAGGAGCUCUUCUGUUUGCCCUGCCAUGAUAAAAUGGGUGUGCCGAUCUGUGGCGCCUGCAGGAGACCCAUUGUGGUCAAUGCCAUGGGCAAGCAGUGGCACGUGGAGCAUCUCAUCAUUGUUACAGUUCGCUGGCCUCCAAUAAAGGUGCCUCUUCCCCUUUGUAAGAUUAUUGUUUCUUUGCAGCAUUUUGUGUGCGCCAAGUGUGAGAAACCAUUCCUCGCUCACCGCCACUAUGAGAGAAAAGGUUUGGCGUACUGUGAGACUCAUUACAACCAGCUCUUUGGGGACGUGUGCUAUCACUGCAACCGUGUGAUUGAAGGCGAUGUUGUGUCUGCUCUCAACAAAGCCUGGUGUGUGAGUUGUUUCUCCUGCUCCACCUACAACACCAAACUCACUCUCAAGAACAAGUUUGUAGAGUUUGACAUGAAGCCUGUUUGUAAAAAGUGUUAUGAGAAGUUUCCGCUUGAGCUGAAGAAAAGGCUCAAGAAGCUGGCGGAGUCGUUGGGACGGAAGUGAGGCGCUGCCUGAUAAUCACCUGG